AUGAAAUCUUUCAGAGUUCAACCUUUAUCAUCAACUUUGGGUGUGAUUAAUCAAUACAAUUUGUUAAAUUCAUACACAUCAAAAAAAAUAAAUUUCACACAAAAAAUUAAUUAUUAUAAAAAUAAUAAUAACAAUAAUAAUAAUAUAUCUUUAAAAAAUUUAUCAUCAUCUCUUUUAUUCAAUAGUAAUAAUAAUAUCAAUAAAAUUAAUAAUGAUAAUAAUAAUAAUAUAAUAAUAUUAAAUUCAUUAUUAAAAAGAAAAUAUAGUUCUAGUAUUGUUAAUUUACUUUCAGAUUUAAAAGAAAAGAUACUUGAUAAAGUUGAAAAUUUUGAAGAUAAAAAAAAAAUUGAUUUUGAUUUUGGAUUGAAUAAAGGUAAUUUAAAUUAUUAUUUAGAAAAAGUAUCAAUACCUAAAAAAUCAUUACCACCACCAAUUGCAGAUCAAAAACCAUAUUCAUUAGAAAUUCAUGGUACAACUUUAAAUGAUCCAUAUAAUUGGUUAAGAAAUAUUGAAGAUCCAAAAGUAUUAAAAUAUAUUGAAAAUGAAAAUAAAUAUAAAGAUAAAUUUACAAAAUCUUAUAUAAGUCCAUUAUCAAGAAAAUUAAGAUCAGUUUUUAAAAGAGUAUUUAUUGAUCAUCCAGAUGAAGAUGAAAUCAUAAAUGGUUAUAAAAUGAUUAUAAAAAAUAAAAAUUUAUUCCGUCAAAGAGUUUCAGAUGGUUAUACUCAAUUAUUAUUAUCAGAUGGUGAAAAAAUAGCAGGAUAUGAAAUAAAUUUAAGAGAUAUAAUUGUUUUUAGAUUUUCAAGGGAUAAUUCAUUUUUUUCAUUUGUUACAGAAGUUGAUAGUAGUGAAAAUAAAGUUUGUAUAAUUAAAAAAAUAUCAAUUCCAGGUGCACCAGUUGUAGAUGUAAUUAAAAAUUGUAGUUCAAUUGAAUGGGGUAAAAAUAACGAUUUGUUUUAUGUUGAACAUGACCUUGUUUUUCAUCGUUCUCAUAAAAUAUUUAAAAAAUCAAUUAAAAAUAAUAUUAAAUUAAAUGAAGAAGAAGUUAAUCAAUCUGAAUUAAUGAUAUAUGAAGAAAAUCCAGCUUAUUAUUUAGAUAUUUAUGUUCCAAAAGAUGGUGAAUAUAUAUUUUAUUUAUCAAAUUGUAAAAUAUCAACUUUAAUUUAUUAUAAUAAAUUACAUGAUAAUCCAAGUGAACCAAUAACAUCGAAAUCGUAUAAGAUUAUGUUAUCAAGAGUUGAUAAUUUAGAAUAUUAUGCAGAACAUAAUGGUGAUGAAUUUUAUAUAUUUGCAAAUGCAAAUAAGGGUGAUUUAAAUAUUUAUAAAGUUAAGGAUACAAUUGAAAAUGGUAAAUUUCAUGAUUUAGAAUUAUUUAUACCUUCAGAGGCUCAAUCAAUGAUAAAAGAUGUUGAUAUGUAUAAAGAUUAUUUAGUAUUGAAUGAUUUACACAAGUUUCAACCAAGAAUUCGUAUAAUUUCUAAAAAUGCAGAAACAAAUCGAUUUGAUAAAUCUUUAGAAAAGAUUAUAACAUUUCCACAUAAAAUCAUUGAAUUGUCAAUGGGUGUUAAUGGGGGCUAUGAAAAUAAUGAGCAUUUCUUUUUAUCAUAUUGUACACCAACUCAAAAUGUAAUUCGUACAAAGAUUUCCCUAAAGGAUGGAACGAUUACUAUACUGGGUGAAUCAAUUGAAAGAGGUCCUCUAACUAUAAAUCCAGACGCUUUUGAAACUGACAUACUUUGGGUACCUUCAAAAUCAGAUCCGUCAAUUAAAAUACCAUUAUCAAUUUGUUACAAUAAAAAAGCAGUCAGAUUCGAUGGCAAAACACCAUGUGUACUUCACGGAUACGGCUCCUAUGGCACUGUCUAUUCUCUAUUGUAUAAUGUUGAGGAUUUGCUUUUGAUGAAUGCUGGUUUUAUUGUUGCAAGGGCACAUGUUAGAGGUGGUAGUGAGUUGGGCAGAACUUGGUAUAAUGAUGGUAAACUUUUGAAUAAGAAGAAUACUUUCUCUGACUAUAUCGAUUGCGUUGAAUAUUUAUUUGAAAAUAAAUACACAAGUCCAAAUUAUUUAAUUGGUAGAGGUUCAAGUGCUGGUGGAUUGUUAAUGUGUAAUGUUGCCUUGACCUAUCCUCAUUAUUUCAGUGGAAUUAUCUCUCAAGUUCCAUUUGCCGAUGUUUUAACCUCAAUGUUAGAUGAAUCAUUGCCUUUGACAAUUCAUGAAUAUGGUGAAUGGGGUAAUCCAAAUUUGGAUAAACAAGUUUUCAACUAUAUCAAACAAUACGAUCCAUACAUUCUUUUAGAUGAUCCAAAUAUUCAAUCAUCAUUAAAAUCUUUACCAAAUCUUUAUAUUACAUGUUCAACUAGUGAUUAUCGUGUACCAUUUUGGCAACCAUUAAAAUGGGUUGCUAAAUUAAGAAAUAAAUUAAAAUCUUUAACACAUGGAGAUGAUAAUAAUAAUAAUAAUAAUAAUUCUCCACUCAUUUUAUUAGGUAUUGAUGAUGAUUCUGGUCAUUUCGGUCCAAAUGAUAGAAAUUCAUUAACUAAAAAAUGGUCAUUUGAUUUAAGUUUUAUUUUUUAUUCAAUUAAAAAAUCAACAAAUAAAAAAUAA